GUAUUCUCGUGCGCCUUGUUCAGUGUUGUUUUCUGCUGUUCCUGAGUUCGCUUGGGAACUAACUGCGGAGACUUAUCAGUCGCGCUCGGCGUUUAAAGCGUAGAGUUCGCAUACCGAUGUUCUACUUUUCUCGUUUUAUUACGGCAAAAAAGUUUUUCGCGUCCUGCUAGCGCGAGUUUCGCAUCGGAACUUUACUGUCCCACAACUUUAAUGAAUUGUCACCAUUUAUUCGUUGAUCAAAAUUAUCGUGUAAAAAAUUGAAUAAAAGUGAAGCGCGUCAACUAGCGUUUUUAGUGACUCUACUGGGUUGUUUAUUUUUAUUUUUUGUUUUUGUUGUUUUUGGAUUAUUUUUAAAAUCAAAAUUGUGGAGCUUAUUACUAUUAAUGAUCUCAUCAUACUGAAGAUAGUACAAAAAGCCAAGCCAAGGAUGCAACGGUAUCCAAUUCUACAUUGGUACAUCGAAGUUUCACCUCCCUGUUACGCCGCCCUCAGUUUCUCCUUCAAGAAAAUUAAGGGUGGUUAGAUCUUGAUCCAAUCCAAAAAACGGAUACGUAUAGAAAGACAUUUUUCUAAAUAACAGUUGCCUAAGUAACAGAAUUCAAAAACGAAACAAGAAAUCUCGCAGAAGUACUAUCAAUCCAUCAAAACGGCUCUACCGGAAUUAACCGAUCGAAAAUCAACGAAAAAACUUCGAAUUUCCCUGUGGAAAAAACAGAAAACCGCGGAGAAUAACCACUACAAGCACCACAACCAUCAAAAGUCCCGAACACGGUCGACCUCCCGUUCGGGCAUCAUUGGUAAAGCAUCGGGGGUGGCGGUAACUUUAAAAGAGUGGUGGCGUGAUGUGGGGCUCUGCCCCAGCCGCCCCACUGCUGCUCCACCACCGACGGCGAUAAGCGGGCGCGCCCCUAGAGUGAGAAGGGGCCCCCUGCGAUCCAUGGGCCAGUCGUUUAGCAUGUGCAAAUUUAAUAGUUGCAGACAUAAGAAGGGUCUUCAGCUAAGAAGUAGUAGCUGUACCGAAGGAACAGACGCGCGCAUGCCCGUCAGCGAUGGCCUGGCGCGCAACCAGCUUACCGGUACCAGUACAAACCAAUAUGAUCCAGAAUAUUCCCGUAUGGAGGCGUGGCUCGACGAGCAUCCCGACUUUGUUCAGGAUUACUUUCUUAGGAAAGCAACCAGACAGGUGGUCGACUCCUGGCUGCUAUCACACGCAACACCUGCCUCAUCCAGUGCGGAGCUCUCCUCUCCCACCCACGGUAUUCCCAGUGGAUCAUCAAGGGGUGGCUCCGGUGCUACCACCCCAGUACGGAAAAUAUCUGCACACGAAUUUGAAAGGGGAGGGCUACUUAAACCGAUGAUCAGCACGGUGGAUGGCCAACCAACUUUUUUAACAAGCACAACAGAAGAUCCUUCGGGGAGUCUCAUUACCUCCAGUCCCACGCCUAGUCGGAGACACAGGAGAAGUCGGCAUGAGUUAAGACAUUUGGAUGAAAAAGAACUCAUUUUUGAACUGGUAAAAGAUAUAUGCAAUGAAUUGGACAUAAGGUCGUUAUGUCACAAGAUCCUGCAAAAUGUAUCUAUGCUACUACAUGCAGAUAGAGGUUCUCUCUUUCUCGUGCAAGGAGAGAGAGGCGGCUGUACUCGUCAACAAAAUGGUGAACACUCGAAUAUCAGUAGAAGUAGAUGUUUGGUGUCAAAAUUAUUUGACGUUUGCUCUCGAAGCACCCUCAUGGAAAUGGAGAAAAAAGACGAAAUUCGAAUACCAUGGGGCACUGGCAUCGUCGGUUAUGUAGCAGAAAGUGGAGAACCUGUCAAUAUUCCUGAUGCAUACAAGGAUGACAGAUUUAACCACGAAAUUGACAACAGAACCGGAUACAAAACAAAAACCCUAUUAUGUAUGCCAAUUAAGGAUACCAAUGGAGAUGUGAUCGGAGUAGCACAAGUAAUUAAUAAAAUGGGAGAUCAACCAUUCACAAAGCAAGACGAAGAGGUUUUCUCGAGUUACUUGCAGUUUUGUGGUAUCGGGUUACGUAACGCACAUCUAUAUGAAAAAUCUCAAUUGGAAAUUAAGCGGAACCAGGUUCUUUUGGAUCUGGCCAGGAUGAUUUUUGAAGAGCAAAGCACGAUCGAGCAUGUCGUAUUUAGGAUUUUGACGCACACGCAGAGUUUGAUCCAGUGCCAAAGAGUACAGAUACUUCUGGUCCAUCAAGGCUCAAAAAUAAGCUUCUCAAGGGUGUUCGACUUUGAAGCCAGCGAUCUGAAUGAAGAAGAUGGUGAAUCAAGAACAAGCCCGUUCGAGAGCAGAUUUCCUAUCAACAUAGGCAUCACUGGCUAUGUGGCGACCACGGGAGAGACAGUUAACAUCGCACAAGCAGACGAAGAUCCCCGAUUCGAUCCGAGUGUAGACGAUGGCACCAACUUUAAACAUAAAACAAUCCUGUGCAUGGCUAUCAAGAAUUCUACCGGUAAUAUCAUCGGAGUCAUUCAGCUGAUUAACAAGUUUAAUGACCUUGUUUUUACUAAAAACGAUGAGAAUUUCGUGGAGGCUUUCGCAAUAUUUUGCGGCAUGGGAAUCCACAAUACGCACAUGUACGAAAAGGCAAUGGUGGCGAUUGCUAAGCAAAAUGUUACUUUGGAGGUGUUAUCUUACCAUGCCACCGCAAGUUUGGAAGAUGCACAAAAGCUACGGAGUUUACGGGUCCCUUCAGCAGCCAAUUUUAGACUGCACGACUUUGCGUUUGAUGAUAUCGACAUGACUGAUGAUGAUACUUUAACCGCAUGUAUAAGAAUGUUCCUUGAUCUUGAUCUAGUCGAAAGAUUUCACAUGGACUACGAAGUCCUGUGCCGAUGGUUGUGCUCAGUUAAGAAAAACUAUAGAAAUGUCACCUACCAUAACUGGAGACAUGCCUUUAACGUAGCCCAGAUGAUGUUUGCGAUUUUAACUGCCACCGGAUGGUGGAACAUAUUUGGAGAAAUCGAAUGCUUGGCUCUAUUAAUCGGAUGUCUAUGCCACGAUUUGGACCACAGAGGCACCAAUAAUUCAUUUCAAAUCAAAGCUUCAUCGCCAUUGGCACAACUUUACUCCACGUCCACAAUGGAACACCAUCACUUCGACCAAUGCAUCAUGAUCCUUAAUUCACCUGGGAAUCAACUUUUAAGCAAUUUGUCGCCAGAUGAAUAUUCCAGAGUUAUAAGAGUGUUAGAAGAGGCUAUUUUGUCAACUGAUUUAGCAGUUUAUUUUAGAAAACGUGGAGCUUUCUUUAAUGUAGUAAGAGAGGGACCACAUUGGGCCCUUGAAGAACAUAGAGAACUUCUCAGAGCUAUGUUAAUGACCGUUUGUGAUUUGGCUGCCAUUACAAAACCGUGGGAAAUCGAAAAAAGAGUGGCAGAGCUGGUUUCUUCGGAGUUUUUCGAACAAGGAGAUAUCGAGAGGGAGAAACUGAAUAUUACACCUAUUGACAUUAUGAAUAGGGAAAAGGAGGACCAACUACCGCUAAUGCAAGUCGGGUUUAUUGAUUCUAUCUGCCUUCCAAUUUAUGAGGCCUUCGAAGUACUUUCAGACAAGCUACAACCCUUAGUAGAUGGAGUGCGCCAAAACAAAGAAAAAUGGAUGGAAAUAGCGAGAGCUAACAGUCUGGUGAGCUCCGAAGAGAUGGAAGAAAAAGACAACAAUGAUAAUUUGUCAAAACCAACCACUCCCGAGGCGCAAAAUGGCAACGUCAGCGCUUUGGAAAACAAUUGUAAUAGCUGUUCAUCUAUUUCCGAUUAAAUAUGAUUGUUAAAAUCAUUAUAAUGUUUUUAAAGCAUGAGGCAGAAGGUCUGAACAAGCUAUAAACUGGACAUAUUGAUAUUUCUUUAUUGCUGUCUGUAACUGAUAAUAGUUCUGAAACAUAGCAACAAGCAUAAAUAUAUCCAGAAGCUGUUAAUUAUAUUACAUUUUUAAUUGCAGUAUUAGUAAAUGUUUGUACAGGCCAAACUAAACUUUGGACUUUGGACGCAUAAAUAAAACAAAGACUAGAUAAAGUAGGGAAAAAUGCACUGCAAUAUAUUUGUUGUUUAUUUAAUUUUAAACCCUAUACUAAUUUUCUUCAGCAAACUAAUGUUAAUUAAUUAAUUAAUUAAUUGUUCCUAGUUAAAUUAUUUUUAGUUACUUAUCUGACCUCGUAAUUAGUACGGACUAUAAGUUAAAAACAACAAAAUUUGUUUACAAAAUACGAAGAAAGCCACUAAAUAUUAGAUGUUUAAAUUAUUUUUUUUACUGAUUAGCAUUGUGUUAAAUUGCAGUAUGCACUCAAAUUAUAUAAAAUGUGGUUCCCGUUGUAUACUGAAUAAAGCAAAGUGUACAUAUAGGUGUAGAUAACUUUUAAGUAUAUUUAUUAAUAAAUUAGAAACUUAGCGACGCUUAUAGAAAAUAUUUACAAUAAUAAUAUAUUAUUAUAAUACUGAAAAGUAUAGAACCGUUUUUUUUCUUUUUCAUAAUUUAGCAUAAUUUUAAAAUAUAGUUUUUGAAAUGUUAUUAAAAAAGCAAAGCGUUUAAAAGGAAUUUUUUUAAUAGUAAAUGCAAUAUUUUAUUAUGAUUUUCUAAAUUAGUUCUGUGCUUUUCAGUGUUUUUUUUAUUUAUCGGUUGUGUUAAAAAAAUUAUAUUUUUUUACAAAAAUAGUUGCAAAGUUGUCACAUACCUUACUGUAAGUUUAAGGAUCCAAUUAGCAUAAUAAAUUACAUUAGUUUAUAGUUAUUUAUUUUGUAAAAUCUCAAAUUAUUUAUUUAGUUUUUAGUUAAUAAUUUAGCUCUCUCUGUUUCACUUUUUUUACCAUUGAAAGUAUUUGCAAAAAUGUCUGUCUUGGGUUACCAUGCUUAAAUUCACAAUAAUUGUUUCAAAUGCAAUUCUUCGACUUACCUGAAAGUACUUAAAUAUUUUAUAUAUAUUGUAAUUUCAGAGCUCUUAAGGUAUAGUUGUAAAAGCAUUUUUGCAAAAACUAAUAUUAAUAUUUCUUAAUUAAACAAAAAGAUUUUUGUGUCUGUUUGUGAUAUUUCCAUACUCUGUCAGAAACGUCGAAAUUUUUUGACAGACGCCGUAUUUAAAUAUGGUAUUAAAACUACUUGAACCAAAGUGUAUUUUAUCAUAAUUAGAAAAGGUUAGUUGAUAUGACUUGUAAUUUAAGCCUAUAGGAGAAAGUGUGAUAUGUAGAUUGUAUGUUUUAUUAUUAUAAGGAUGGUUGGGGCUGUAGAAUUCUUUAACGCCAAUUGUUUCUAAAAAACAAUGUUUGUUGAAAAUUAUGCACAAGGAAAAAGUCGUUUUUAUAAACCUGGAAAGAAAUGUUUUUUAAUGUUCUUCGCUUUAUUCUGAUUUUUUUUUAUCAUCUCAUAGCUUUAAAUAUUCGCAAAAUCAUUUCUCACCCUGAAUAAAUCUAAAUCAUAAUUUAUUUGCGAAUCCUUUACAUAUUUAUGAAUAUCCAUAUAUAUGUACACUAAGUUUUUAUUUUCCUCGUUCUUAUUUACUGCAUAUAUAUUACUUAGUAUAUAUACUUAUACUUGUUUUGAUUUCUUACUUUUAAAACGUCCUUUUGUAAACUAUUAUCUGUACAUACAUUCUAUUGUAAAAAAAUUACCGUAAUAAAAAAUAAUAUAUUUAUCAAUUAUUUGCAGAAGA